AGCAAUCAUCUCUCAGGGACCCAGGCUGCCCGCCACUCUGAGGAAGGGGCAGCAGAGGCCAGGAGGCCAGGGGCCGAGCUUCGGGCCCACCCCGUCUUGGCCGCCCCUCUCAGGCCCAGAGACCUGCAGCCAACCUGCCUGACAGGCUGAGCGCCGCCAGAGAGAUGAGUAAUGUCUCAGGGAUCCUGGAGACAGCCGGCGUCCCCCUGGUGUCAUUGACCUGGCCACAGCCCAGCCCCCCACCGGCCGUGCCAGCUGGGCUGCAGAUGGACCACAUGGGGAACGGCUCCCAGGGGGACCCCUGGCUCUUCCUCACCUCCGCGCUGGCCCGAGGCGUCUCAGGGAUCUUCGUGUGGACUGCCCUGGUGCUCACCUGCCACCAGAUCUACCUGCACCUGAGCUCCUACACCGUGCCACAGGAGCAACGUUACAUCAUCCGCCUGCUCCUCAUCGUGCCCAUCUACGCCUUCGACUCCUGGCUCAGCCUCCUCCUCCUGGGAGACCACCAGUACUACGUCUAUUUUGACUCUGUGCGGGACUGCUACGAAGCCUUUGUCAUUUACAGCUUCCUGAGCCUGUGUUUCCAGUACCUGGGAGGCGAGGGCGCCAUCAUGGCUGAGAUUCGUGGCAAACCUAUCAAGUCCAGCUGCUUCUACGGCACCUGCUGCCUCCGGGGCAUGACCUACUCCAUCGGGUUUCUGCGCUUCUGCAAGCAGGCCACUCUGCAGUUCUGCCUGGUGAAGCCCGUCAUGGCCGUCACCACCAUCAUCCUCCAGGCAUUCGGCAAAUACCACGAUGGGGACUUCAAGACCUCGGUGCCUGCCAAGGCCGGGGGCCUGGACCUCCCCUCACAGGACACGGCCGGGUGUCCGCAGCGGCUAUCUCUAUGUGACCCUCAUCUACAACGCCUCCGUCAGCCUCGCCCUCUACGCCCUGUUCCUCUUCUACUUCACCACCAGGGAGCUCCUGCGGCCCUUCCAGCCCGUCCUCAAGUUCCUCACCAUCAAAGCCGUCAUCUUCCUGUCGUUCUGGCAAGGGCUGCUGCUGGCUGUCCUGGAGCGGUGCGGGGUCAUCCCAGAGGUGGAGACCAGCAGCGGGAACAAGCUGGGGGCUGGCACACUGGCCGCUGGCUACCAGAACUUCAUCAUCUGCGUGGAGAUGCUGUUCGCCUCCGUGGCCCUGCGCUAUGCCUUCCCCUGCCAGGUGUAUGCAGAGAAGAAGGAGAACUCACCAGCCCCACCGGCACCCAUGCAGAGCAUCUCCAGCGGCAUCAGGGAGACAGUGAGCCCCCAGGACAUCGUGCAGGACGCCAUCCACAACUUCUCCCCCGCCUACCAGCACUACACGCAGCAGGCCACGCACGAGGCGCCCAGGCCCGGCACCCACCCCGGCAGCGGCUCCGGCGGGAGCAGGAAGAGCCGGAGCCUGGAGAAGCGGAUGCUGAUCCCCUCGGAGGACCUGUAGGGGGGCCUGGGCUGCCGGUGCUAUAGGAACCCAGUCUGCCCAGGCCUCUGGGGAAGAACAGGGCCCCCUCACCCACCAACUCCUGCCAAAGGUGGGGCCUCUCCUGAGAGCCCUCCUGUGAGGCCCUCGGAGCCCACUUCCCAUCCUCCGUCCAGCCCGGGGGUCAGGGCACCUGAUGGCCCUGCCAGGCACCCAGGUGGGCCCGCCGCCCCAGGAGAGGGCACCUGAGCCAAUCGGAAGAGCCUGGGGACCCCCUGGGAUCACCUGGCCAUCAGCCCUCCAGGGGCCACUGUGGGGCAGAGAGUGAGUGUGGCUGCGGGGCCUUGGCUGCACGGGCCCCACAGGAGCUGUGAGUGGGUCAGACUCCCUGGCUCAGGAGACAGACAGAGGAUGGAUCCCAGGCUGGGCAGCUAGAGGGAGGGGCGCCGGGGUGCUGGGCAGCCCGGCUGUGACACAGUCAGCAGCUCCGGGCGCCGCAGGCCGGCGGGGUCCACACAGGCUGGACGGGGCUGGGCCUCCUCGGAGCCUGCUGCGGAGGUUGUGGGCACGUGGAGAAGGGCCCACGUGUCUCCACACACCAGCCACAGGGGAGCCCUGGCCAGGCACCCACCCAGGGGAGUGUGUGCCUGGGAUGGGUCGCGGAACCACCGGGUGCCCGUGAGGCUGGCCGGCACGGCGGGGUGUGGGAAUCGCUCUUAUUUAUAUUUAAACACCUUGGAUUUUCUACUGGGUCUUGGCUUCUGUUCCCACAGGCCCUGAGCCUGAGGAGCAGGACUCGGUGGGGGUCACAGGAGGCUGCUGCUCAGAGUCUGUGCUCUGCAUGUGGGAAAGGGGUCCCACCUGUCUGGGGUGGGCAGCCUCGUGGUCCAGGGCAGUGCAGGGCAGAGCCUGGCCUGUGCGAUCACAGCCGCCGCCUUUCUCCCGGGAGCCUCUACUUCCUCCAAAAUGGGCCUUGUGCCAGCCCCACCCACGGCGAGCGGACAAGUCCACGAGGGCAGGGCCCUGAGUACCUGGUGGGGGGGACACUCCUAGGGGGCACAGAGGGGGCUCCCACCUGGGCACCUGCCUCCUCCCCUUCUCUUCUUCCUCCACGUGCCAGGUGCGGCCCUGGGUUUGAGGAGCUGAGCCUCAGACACGUGCCCUGCCCUCAGGAAGCCGGAGGCACCCAAGUGGCCUUGGAAAUCCUGGCGGCGAGAACAGUAGCUGCCCAGGGACUAAGGGGGCUUCUGGGAGGACACACACUGGCCCAGGGUGAGGGGUGUCACUGCAGGGUGCCCCCCAGGCCCAGGGCCCGUCAGGGGACAGUAUGGUGACCUGGCCUACAGGUGGCAGUCGGUUCUGUGUGUCUGGGGCCCGCAGCACAGGUUGGGUGGGGGCUGAGGCAGAGGCAGCAGAAGUGGGCAAGGCCUGGGGGGCUCAGGCACUGGGCAUGGAGAGCAGACAGGAAGGCCUAGUGGGCACCACCCCCAGACCGUGGCUCCCACCCGUGCUGCCCCCACCCAUGGCCACGGCCACCGGGAACAGUGGGACCUGGGGUCUCCGAGGGACUCAGCAGGGUGGGCACAGACCAGUGGGGUCUGGGCUAGAGAGAGCCGGCUCCCAGCCUCUUGCUUUCUGGGCUGAGGACAUGGGGAUCCAAGGCCAGUGGGUCUGCAGGGCCCAGCCAGGUUGCCUGAUAAGAUAGGCCCACCAGGCGGCCCCCGUGUCUCACUCUGUCAGCAGGUGGGGGCGUGGUGCUCCCCAGGGACCUGCUGCCAAGGGGCAGUUUCUGGAGGCUGGGGGCACUGGCCGGGCUCUAGGCCUGCUCUGCCCUUGCCAUGGGGAAGGCUGUCCUGUUAGGGAUCGAGUUGCUCAAAUCUGCGUUUGGAGGGUGCGUGGCCGAGGGCUCCCCUUCUGGAGACCCAGACACCGUGUGGGCUCUGGGCGGCAGAGGCUGAGGUGUCGGGGGCUGAGCUCCUAUGUCAGCAACACUUCAGGCCUGCGCUUUAGGACAGGGGAGAAGUCAGUUUCCCCCAAAUGCCCCCUCGGACCAGCCAAGGACUGUGCCAGGAAACUGACAUGCUCGGCGCUCACGCCAGCUGGAACAGCGACUGAGCCCAGAGAGAUGGAGCAAGUUGCCUGAGGUCACAGAGCAGGGACUUGGACACCAGGGAGCCAGCUCCACAGAGGCCCUCUCUCCUCCCGGCCUCCUGACCCUCAGCCGCCUCCGCCCCGCGGGUGAGGCUGCUUCUGCUUCUUUCCAACACGGCUUGAAGGAAAGCCCUGAGGGCCGAGCCCGCUCUGCGUGGACGGAAGGCAGCGUGGGGCAGUCCAGGCCGGGGCUCAACCUGCCUCGAGAGGGAGUGUGGGCGCAUGUGAGCAGGAGGGACGGAGACCAGCUUGGUUCCAGUGUCAUCAUCGCUGUUGAAAAAGAGGUUUCCCGGUGACAGGCCCCGACAGAGGAGCGGGCCGCGAGGCAGGCAGGAGCCGCGUGUCUGGGCCCAGCGCACCUGCCAAGCUCUCUAGCCUCUCCUGGCCUCAGUGUCCUCGUCUGGGAGAUGGUCCAGCUGAAAAUCCCCAGCAUCCACAAGAAAGGGUGGAAGCUCUGGGGGCCCUGGCCUGGCCCGGGUGCAGGCUG